AAGAAAAAUCCCAAUAUACAAACCCACUCCACAGCAAGUUACUCUGUACUUGGAAGAGCGGGUUGCUAAACCUCUCCGUAAUGACCUCUGAUAAUGGAAGUGAAGACAUCUAACCCAAGAGUGUACAUCAGUCUUCCAAAGAAAUAUGUUGCUGCUUUUGCUGAAAAUUAUGAACUGGACCAUUGGUUGGUUAUAAAAGAGCUGAACCCCUAUGUAACUGAAAGAUAUGUACGAGCUUACUUUCGAGAAUGGGGCACUGUCACAGCAUGUAAGAUUAAGAUGCGCCCCAACUUGGAGGGAAAGAAGGCACUGGCGUAUGUGAGGUUUUCUACAGCGGAUGAAGCGGACAGAGCAGAAUGGGCUGGUCCUCAUUACAUUGGAGGCGAUGUGGAAGUAAAACAAGUUGUUAGUCCAAAGAUGGAGGAUUCAGAUGAGGAGGUCACCGCAGGCGUUGCUACAACUCAACCACGCCGUUCAAUGGGCUUGGGCUACAUCCUGGAAGAUGCUCAGUGGUUAUGAUGAGUUGGACAGUUAAAGAAAUACCGUGCAACUUUAUCUUUAAGUUUAAAAUCAUAUAUGUAUGUUUGAAUUCAUUUAGAGAUUGUAAACUAACGUGGCUCAGAAAAAUCAACGUGGCUGCAGUGAAAUAUUCUGUAAACACAAAGACAAAAAACACUGAUAUAAAUAAAGCAGCAAAUCCUCAGCAAGGCCUAAGUAAGAACACCUGUCCUACACCUAUGGAUAUUUGUUUAUCUGUUUAGCUGAGUUGAUGUGAUAUAUAUUUUAUUUUGCUGAUUCUAUGUUGUGUCUUAUGAUUGUCUACCUUGGGUGGAUAAUAACAUUGUAUUCUAUGUGUUUAAUGUUUGUCUAGAACAUAGUGGUGUUAAAAUAUAGAUUAUGUUAACUCCCUUUGUGCAGCCACUGUUGAUGAAUGCAAUAUGAUUAUCAAUUUAUAAAUGAUAUGACACUGCUAUACCCAUCUAUAAUUGCCUAAAGAGAUGUAGCUAUAUCACAUAAUCUAACAAAUCCUAAAAAAUAAAAAUAACAUUAAAAAAUAAAAAUGAAUAAAACAUUG